UGAGAAAUGACGCGGGCGGUUGAACAUUCGAGCAUUUGGGCCAGCAUUUGAGCACUGGGACUUCCAGAUCAACGUCAACCGUCACCUUGCAAGCGCCUCAUACAUAUCACUCAACCACUCGGCCGGUGUCUCUCUCUCGACCAAGUUCAUCCCCCGCCAGCAAUGACCCGACCCCUCCUCCGGCUUCGGCCGGCGCCGUCAUUCCAACCCCGGAUGGCAGUCAUCCGGCUGUCGGCCAGAAGACACUUCUGCACAACGCCAGCCAGGUUAGACCUAAGCAAAGGCGCAGACGACGUACGGCGGAAAGCGCUGGAUUCCGAUGACUGGAAGGCUCCGAAGGGGACGAUUGUUCUUUGUCACGGUCUCCUAGGCUUCGAUGUUAUGGGCCCCCCCUUCGCCCGUCUCCACUACUGGCGCGGCGUGAAAGAAGCCCUCAACGCUAUCGGGUGCAACGUCAUCAUCACAAAAGUCCCCCGGGCGGCGGACGUUACGGUGCGAGCGCAGGUGUUGAAGGAGACGCUGGAUAGUAAAGUUCCGGAGGGGGAUGCGGUUAACCUUGUUGCGCAUUCUAUGGGUGGGUUGGAUUGUAGGUAUAUGAUAAGUCAUUUGAUGAAGGGGGAGGAGGAGCCGAAGUAUCGCGUUAAGAGCCUCACGACGAUAGGCACACCACAUCGCGGGUCAUCCAUCGCAUCACUACCAUUCAUAUCCACCCUAUUAGCACCCAUCAUUGAAAACCUGCACCGUUCAACAUCCCUCGACGUCCGCGCCUUCUCAGACCUGACUCCCAAAUACCUCAACGAACAAUUCAACCCAACCACCCCGGACAACCCGGACAUUGCGUAUUUCAGUUACGGAGCGGACGGGACAGAAAGCAUAUACGAAAAACCGUUCGUGUACCCGUUGCGGUACACGUUUGAGUAUCUGAUGGUUACGGAGGGCGUGAAUGAUGGGUUGGUUAGCGUGGAGUCGUCGAAGUGGGGGGAGUAUAUACGGACGCUGAAGGCCGACCACGUCGAUGUGAUCAAUCUCUGGAACGCGUGGCAGUGGGACUCGGUGGUCAAAAAGCUUGGAGCCGCCAAAGCAGCCCAAGAUAACAUCCAAGCCCUUCAACCGGACGGGGUGGCGCGUACGAUCGCGGGAGGUGCCGUCCAACGGGCGGAAGAGAAAGCGGAGCAGAAAGUGGAAGAGAAGAAGGAGGACUUGAAAAAGGUGAUGGUGGAGAAGCAGUUCAAUGCGAUUGAGCUGUAUUUGGAGGUUGCUACUACGUUGGCGAGGAAGGGGUUUUGAUUUUGGGAUGGACGGUGGGGGGGUAGAUCUAGAUGUUAGGGCGGGGGGGAGGAUUAUGGCAUAUUGACGGCGUAGGGUUUUUUGCUUCUUAAUGCAUGAGAGUAUCUGUCUGCCCCUUGCACUACGAAUAGCCGGGAUAUACGGUAAAACGUGCGUGGAAGGGCGAGGGCGGAACAGCCAUGCGUCGGAUACCGCAUCAUCACUUAGUGGGGGGUAGUUGACCGCUCCGGAGGCAGCUCGAAUGAGAGUGGGGGCGGGCGGAGGCGGGUUCUCCGGAUGUAUGUAUACGUACGGCGUCCAAAGGGUACCGCGG